UUUCAUUUCCAUGGUUACGUAGAAACACAACGGCAGCUUGGCUUUGUCUAACAGAACAGCAGAAGUAUCUAAGUUAGCUCUAAAGUAAACCAAUUUGUUUUCUGUCAUCACGUAGACUCAUCAUCGCAUAACAAGAAACGUUGGGAGGGACGAAAAUGGGCGACGGACGUAAAGAUGAUGCCAGUUCACAAGGAUCCAAAGUUUCCUCGCAAAUUCCUGGACUGUCUCUCGACUUUCAGGAUAACGUUGAGGGGAAUGCCACUGGGCGCCGUUUAGGCGUUGUCGACACAGAUUCAAAUUAUGUUAAACUUGCAAAGCAAGGUGGACACAAAGGGUUAUUGUGGCAUGAAGAAACAAAUAUGCCCACCAAAACAAACUCAGCAUACAAACCACCUGAUUGGUUCUGUGCUGACUCAGAGGCCCCCAGCCUGACUAAAAGAACCGAUCCAGGGUUCUUGGUACAUGAGGAGUUCCAGAAAAGUGCAAGAAAGUUCAUACAACCGCCAGGUCUCCCCUUUGGGAGUGAUAAUAAGUCAGCUUGGGAGCGAGAGGCUGAUAGCAUUGCUACUAAAGAGAAGUUCAUACAACCGACAGGUCCUCCCUUUGGGAGUGAUAAUAAGUCAACUUGGGAGCGAGAGGCUGAUAUCAUUGCUGCUAAAGAGAAAAUCAUACAACCCACAGGUCCUCCCUUUGGGAGUGAUAAUAAGUCAACUUGGGAGCGAGAGGCUGAUAUCAUUGCUGCUAAAGAGACACUUGGUAUUGACAAUUCAGCAAACCAACUGAAGAAAUUAACCAUGCCACAAAGAGUUUGCCAGGAGGACCAGUUCAGAAAAUACAUUAAAAACAAGGACGAAUCCCCCGUCAACAUGUCCAAACUCUUGAGCUUUGGUUACCUAGAGGAAGACAAGAAUCCCAGAAGAACUCCUGCACAUGCAGGUGCGACAUCUGCUCUGGCAGGCGGCGCAGUGCGCCUGAAGCUUCCACAGUAGGAGGCCUGCGGACACGCACAGGAGCUCACUGUUCGCUGUGGCAGGCUUCUUCCUCUCUGACUGCGGAGGAUGGGCUCAGCACUUCGGUGGGAAAAGUUGUUCACUCUCAAGGAAUGUGCGAUGCUUAUGUGUGGGUGUGUGCGUGUGUGUAUGUUUUCUAUCUUGAUUGCGUGGCAUUUUUUUGUAGUUAUGCUGUUAAAAUUGCAUUAAAAGUCCAAUAGUGCUGUUCUGCUGACUUGCUGUGCCAUUUUGUUUUCAAUGUUACCAGGAAUGCUGCAUGAUAUGAUAAGAACAUAACUUCGAAUAAGUUGUAGACCCGUUUUCCAAUUGUAGGAUCACAGACAUGUCCCCUAACCAAAAGAUACAUCUCCCAGAUUUAUUAGACUCUGCUUUUAAAAUUGGAGAGAUUUUCACAAUUGUACUAGAUUUUUUUUUAAUAAAACGCUCUUUUGUGAGUAAGACAAUCCACUUAAAUUAUAUAUGUGUGUGUGUGUGUGAAUAUAUUAUGUAUUCCUAAAUAGUCCAGGGUGUUGCUGAUCUAUUUUUUAUGUUAUUCUCUGGUGUCGUUCGAUGAACUUAACAGUAAUUGUUCUUUACUGUUUUUAUGGCCUUCUGGGCAUAGUCUAUGUAUGUCACACAUGACUGAACCUAUGUAAAUAAAACCUAUGAAGCCA